AUGUCUGCCUACCAACAAGCCGGUAUCUCAUUAAACAGAGCCUUAGCUCUCUCUGCCAAGGCCGUCAGAAGUGCUUUAAAGCCUGAAUUUAAGGUUGCUGCUGAAAGAAGAGGUCUUACCGAAGUCAAGGCCAUGAAGAUUGAAAACGGUAAACAAGGUGAACCUAAGUCUUUAGAUAAAUAA